UUUUUUUUAAAGAUAAUUCCCCAAGUCAAAAAUUUAGUAACUAUGUUGGCAACACAAGCCUUUUCUACAUAAAAAAUUUGAAAGAUUGACAAUUUUACAUUGUAUUGCCAACAUAAUGUCAUUUUGACUUUUAUCUUUAAAAAAAAACAGAUUUUACCACAAAGACAACAAAUUCCCGAAUUGCACCGGUGCAGUACGAUUCUACGAGCUCGUGCAGAACUAAUUACACUGCGGCACUUUUUGCCCCGAGUGCAAACAGUUCCAGGUUCACACAGCAUCCAGUGCACUGCGGACUCUUAAAAGUGAGGUUAUGGUUGUUGUUGACUUUCCCAAACAACAACAAACAAAAUUUAGUGAAAAGCAUCAAUUUUCUAUCUUAAUUAAAAAGAAAUGAAUCCAAAUAUUAUUCGAAAAGGUACCAAAUUAAUCGCACAAUAUCGUUAUCAACAUUCAUCAGCAGAGCUCCAUCAGUUUGUGCCAAAACACAACCCCGUCAACGAGAGAGAUGUAAAAUUACUUGAAGAUUUUAUUUUUAGUUCGAAAAAACUGCUAGUUUUAACUGGUGCUGGAGUCUCAACAGAAUCUGGUAUCCCUGAUUAUCGUUCGGAAGGAGUAGGUCUAUAUGCAAGGACCAAUCACAGACCAAUCCAGCAUAUAGAAUUUAUAAAAUCAGCAGCUGCUAGACAAAGAUACUGGGCAAGGAAUUUUGUAGGUUGGUUCAGGUUUUCUCAAAGGCAGCCAAAUAGUAUACAUUACUUUGUAAGAGACUUAGAAAUAGAAGAUAAAAUUGUCCAUUGCGUGGUUACACAAAAUGUGGAUAAUUUACAUUUCAAAGCUGGCAGUAAGAAGGUUAUAGAGUUACAUGGGACAGGUUAUAGAGUAUUAUGUCUAAAUUGUGACGCAGUCUAUGAUCGUUCCUAUAUUCAGGAGAAACUGAUGAAAACUAAUAAUAUAAAUUUUGACGAUACUUCAAAAAUGAUUAGGCCAGACGGAGAUGUUGAUAUACCACUUGAUGUUGUCAAGAGUUUUCAAACCCCUGCAUGCGAAUCUUGUAAUGGUAUAUUGAAGCCUGACAUAACAUUUUUUGGUGACAAUGUUCCUAAAUAUCGGGUAGAACUUAUUAAGGAAAAAGUUACUGAUAGUGACAGCGUUUUAGUUUUAGGCUCUAGUCUUUCGGUUUUCUCAGGAUAUCGAAUAAUUUUGCAAGCAAUAGAAGAAAGUAAAAAUAUAUGUAUAUUGAAUAUAGGACCUACAAGAGCAGACAAUCUAGGGGUUUUGAAAAUUGAGGCCAAAUGUGGUGAUAUUUUACCUAAAAUUAAAAGAUGACCAAGAUUUUUUAUUUGUAUAUGUAAUUUAAAAAUAAUAGGUGUAAAGAAAAAUAAUAAAUAAAAUCAGUUAAAAUCACGAUAUCAAUUUUUCUGCCACAUUUUCAGCUAACUCUGAUUCGGCACUGACGAUAUCUUCCUCUUCGUUCCUGGCGAGUGGUUUAGAAUCAGUUUGUAUUUCCUCGUGCGUUUGACUGGUUUCUCUUAGAACUGUCAUCAGUUGCGGGGCAUAUUGUUCUACUUUUUCCAAAAGACUAUCAGGA